AAUCACAUGAGAAACAUGAGAUGAUACCACACAUGCACUGAACUCAACCUCAGCUUGUAAAUAUAGUUAUGCAUUUCAAGUAGCUCCACCUAAAAUAUAACAGUAAAGAAAAAGGGGUAAUGAUGAAGGUUCUCCUUGUUGCUGCUUUCUUCCUUGCUACUUCUUUGUUAGUUGAGAGUGCUGCUGUUGAUAAAGCUAAGCUACUGCGUGAGACUGUCCUCAAUAUUUUGAAUAAACCAGCUGUUAGAAGAGGAGGCUCUGUGUCUGAUGGCCUCCAGGAGACUUUUGCUGCUAGCUCUAGCUGUAGGUACAGCAGUUGUGAUGAUGCUACUAACCAGUUGAGCGAUAAUAACACGAUUGUGAAUUGCGUGACGAUAUUUAAUCACUUAUUUGAUGGUACUGGAGUGAGUGAUAGUGAGGUCAAUACUUAUUGCGUCCAGGAUCACUGCGGCAACGACGUGAAGGAUGUGUUUGAUCAGGUCACAGCUUGCUGCCAAGACCCUGGACUUCCAGCAAAUAUAAUAAAGGCAAUGGAUGAGACAUGCUAUACUAAUGCUAAUGGUGACUAUUGUCUGAAGGAGGAUCAACUAACAACAACUAUAUUCAUCGAUAAUUCAUCCGACAAAGGAAGUGAAUAUUUAACUUGUACUAGUUUGUAUCAAAGUGAUACCAGUACUUGCCCAACUGAGUGCUCUGAUGUGUUGACCUACAUCACUGGUACUCUUGGUUGCUGCUACAAGGCAAUGGCUGGAUUCUUUAGCCCUGGGCCUGCUGAUUUAGCUUCUGAUGAUCUCUUUACUACUUGUGGUUAUACUCCACCAACUUAUUGUUCUGCAAGGAAAUGAAGGCUGCAAGGAAAUGAAGGAUCUAAUUAAAACUGCUAAUAAAACAUUGCUGCUUUUUAGUGUUUUUAAAGUAAUUGAAAACAGAUUAUUAGAG